GGGGUGUCGUCCGGAUGCGAUGAAAUCCACUGCUUCAGUGAUCAUGGACGCGGAGGCGGCCAUACGUAGCAUUACGCUCGAGGAUUCCUCGCAUGUGCUGUCGGAUGGUCGCACGAUCCAUUACCACGUGGAGCGGCAGAUCGGAUACGGAUCGUUCGGCGCAGUGUUCCACGUGGUGGUCGUGGAAACGGGGGAGGUGGUCGCGAUCAAGAAGAUCUUUCAGGACAAGCGCAUCAAGAACCGCGAGCUUCAGAUCAUGCGGCAGCUGCACCACGCGAAUAUCGUCCAGCUCAAGCAUUGCUUCUACUCGCACGUCGACAACAGCGACGACCUGUACCUCAACCUCGUCCUCGAGUUCGUUCCCCAGACCAUCUACGGCGUCGUGUGCCAGAUGAAGGAACGCCGUGCGCGUCUCCCCAUGAUCUACGUCAAGCUGUACGUGUACCAACUGUGCUGCGCGCUCGGGUAUCUGCACUCCCUCGGCAUCUGCCACCGCGACAUCAAGCCCCAGAACGUCCUUCUCCAUCCUAGCACCCACGUCAUCAAGCUGUGCGACUUUGGCAGCGCCAAGAUGCUGCAGCCCUCCGAGCCUAACGUGUCGUACAUUUGCUCUCGCUUUUACCGGGCCCCAGAACUCAUCCUUGGCGCCACCGACUACACCACCGCCAUCGACAUGUGGUCCCUGGGGUGUGUAUUUGCAGAGCUGGUGCUUCUGGAGCCUCUGUUCCCUGGGGAAAGCGGCGUCGAUCAGCUGCUCAACAUCAUCAAAGUCGUCGGCACCCCCUCCCGCGCCGAUUUGGAGGCCAUGAACCCCAAGCACACGGACUUCCGCCUCCCCAGAGUGCACCCGCGCCUCCCGUCCGUCUUCCCGCCCGACACAUGUCCGCCCCUGGCGCUGGAUCUGCUGCAGCGCAUGCUCACGUACUCUCCGGCGAGACGGUUGCAUCCGUUAGCGGCGGCGGCGCACCCUUUUUUUGACGAGUUGCGGCAACCGCAAGCGUGCCUCCCUAACAAUGUGGACAUGCCCCCGUUGUACCAGUUUACGCUACAAGAGCUGAGUCAAGUGGACGUGGCGACGCGCGAGUGCAUCGUGCCUCCGCAUGCGCGCAACACGUGGAACUGGUGUCGCUGGCCGGAACGGUCCUAAUUAAAUACAAUUCGUGCCGAAAUAAAUCAACAAUAUCUCGGCAUUUCAGGAC